UUUCCUCCUUUUUUUUUUUUUUUUUUCUUCUACAAAUCUGAAUAUUACAUGCUUUCUAGAAUUUCGAGUUUAAAUUUUGAAGUAACAGCUCCAACAGCUCCAACUAGUACAUGUGCGACUCGUUACAAUGUUGCUCAAUCCUAGCCAAAUAGUAUUUUUAUAAUGAGUUAUCCUUAUCAACUCCAUGGUCGAACAUUCCUUGCCUCCAUUAAUUCAACAACACUCAAGUCAACAGAUAGACAAAAUAUCAAGUAGGUGAAACCUUUUUUCUCUAUUGUUUUUGGUCAAUGAAUGCUUCCAAGAGACGUAAAAGAAAAGGGAUGUGACUCUCUAGGUUGAUGUGUCCAAAAUUUCCACAAGAAAACAAGAUGAGGACAAAGCCCAUUGCCUUGCCUCAAGGCAUUGACUUCCCAUUCAUCUCUAAGAAGUGGCAUAUUUCUUGCCUUUCCCUCCCCUUUGCUCAUACAAUGCUGUCACACCAUUAUUCUAUUCAUAUUCAUUUCUUGGCUUCAAUUAUAUAUUAACUUCCCCAUCCACCACCUACCAUACCCAUCACUUCCUCCAUUUUCUCAUACUAUUCUCUUCUCAACCAUGAAGCUACCUCUCCCUGCUCUGUUUGCUGCACCUCUUGCCUUCUUAUUCGCUGUCGCCGUUGCCGAUCCCGACUUGCUUCAAGACGUUUGUGUCGCUGAUCUUGCUUCAGGAAUCAAAGUAAACGGAUUCACCUGCAAGUCAAAUUUCUCAGCGGAGGAUUUCUUCUUCAAUGGAUUGGCCAAACCAGGGCUAACAAACAACACCCAAGGCUCGCGAGUAACUGCCGCUAAUGUCCAAUUUAUCCCCGGCCUGAACACGCUCGGCGUUUCCCUCGCGCGGAUCGACUAUGCCCCCGGUGGCUUGAAUCCACCGCACACACACCCGCGCGCCACCGAGAUUGUGUUCGUCAUCGAAGGCCAACUCGACGUCGGCUUCAUAACCACCGCGAAUGUCCUCGUCUCGAAGACGAUCAAGAUGGGCGAGAUCUUCGUGUUCCCCAAGGGAUUGGUCCACUUCCAGAAGAACAAUGGAAAGGUUCCAGCGGCGGUGAUUGCAGCAUUCAACAGCCAGUUGCCUGGUACUCAAUCGAUUGCGGCAACGCUUUUCGCCGCAUCUCCGCCGGUGCCGGACAAUGUGUUGACGAAGGCGUUUCAAAUAGGGACUAAAGAGGUUAAGAAGAUCAAAUCGAGACUUGCGCCAAAAUAAGAGAGGCAAAUCAAUGGCGGUUUCCGUGAAUCGAAAUCGAAAUCGAAGAUUGUGUUUGGAUUUUGAUUUUGAUUUGAUUUGAUUUUGAUUUGGUUGUUGUGUUGUGUUUGUAUUGUGAUUUGUAUUAUUGCAUUUCUGGGUUCCUUUGUUUCACUCAUAAUUUGAAUAAGAAUUGAGAUUUGGGGAUUUGUUCUUCAUUUCUCUCUCCCUUCAUUAUUUUGGAA